AUGUCACCGUCUCAGCUUGAUAGAUUAGUGGCAACUAAACAUGGUUGGCAUGUCAAUUUCGAUAAGCAAUUCGAUCCAACAUGGAGACCAUUUGCACGGCCAAGAGUUCGACAACUAGUAGAAUACAUACCAUUGUUUAUGCGAUAUCUUCGUGUAUGGUAUAAACUAAAACGAGCGAAACGACGUGCACAUAUGGAUUUUAUUAAUCCAGUGCCAUUACAGCAAAUAUAUGGUGCUCCACUGGGUGGUUUGGGUUGUGGAACUAUUGGCCGUGGUUUCAAAGGAGAAUUUUGUCGAUAUCAACUAGUACCUGGUCUUUAUGAAUUCCAGACUGUCGAAGCUAAUACAUUUACUGUUUGUGUUCGUCGUCGUCAUACAACAACUUACUGUCAAGUUUUAACACCAAAUCGACUGCGGAAACGAGGAUUACGAACAUGGAAUUGUGCAUUUCCGAAAGAAAAUGGUCAUUACCAAGCUCUGUAUCCGCAAUCAUGGACGACGUAUGAUCUACCCGGGCAAAAGAUUCGAUUAUUAUGCAAACAACUUUCACCGUUUAUACCGCAUGACUAUCAAGAUUCUUCUCUACCAGUUGCUUCCUUCGUUUGGUACAUCGAAAAUCUCGAUGAUGAGCCAGCUGAAAUCAGUUUAAUGUUUACAUGGCAAGCUGGUUCAGCUUCCGAUGAAUUCUUCUGCGAUGCCAUAACACACGAAUCUGUUAAAGUUUCCGAUGAAGAUCUCUCAGCUGCUGGUAUAUCCAUUCGACAGAAACUACGCGAAAUGAAACUUGAAUACUGUAUAUUAGGAAAACAAGAAUCAGAUAAUACCAUCACAACGCGAACAAAUUUUAAUACAGAUUCCGAUACUGAUGGAAGAGACAUCUGGUUGGAUCUAUCCGAUGAUGGUCGAUUGACAGAAAAGGAUACAAAAUAUCCGAAAAUAGGAGUAUUGAACACAGCUAGUUGUGUAUGUAUAACAACCACAGUUGAACCACAUCAAAUGAAAACAUCUGAAUUUGCAUUGUCUUGGAACAUGCCUGAAGUGAAGUUCGGCUUAGGACAAAAAAUCUAUUCGAAAUGGUACACCAAAUGGUUCGACAAAUCUACGUUGAACGGAUCAGUUCUUUGUCUACAUACAUUGAAAAAUCGAGUCAAAUGGGAAGAAGCGAUCGCUAAAUGGCAACAACCAGUUUUAGAUGAUCCAUCGUUGCCAGAUUGGUACAAAAGUGCAUUAUUUAAUGAAUCCUAUUUUAUUGCUGAUGGCGGUUCCAUAUGGUUGGAUGUUAGUGAUGAUGUAACACUACCUGAUCACGUUAGAAAAUGGGGUCGAUACGGAUAUUUGGAAGGUCAUGAAUAUCGUAUGGUCAACACAUAUGAUGUUCAUUUUUACGCAUCAUUUGCUCUAAUUCAAUUGUGGCCACAAUUAGAACUAAGUAUUCAACUUGACUUUGCUAGAUCAAUUAUUUAUGAGAAACUUGAAUCUCGAGUCUAUUUAUUUCAUGGUCAAGCAGGUCAAUGGAAAACAUUGCAUUCUGUGCCACAUGAUCUCGGUGAUCCUGAUGAAGAACCCUGGUUAUUAAUCAAUGCAUAUAUCGCACAUGAUACAGCGGAUUGGAAAGAUCUAGGUCCGAAAUAUUUAUUACAAGUUUAUCGCGAUUAUAUGUAUACGAAAGAUAAAGAUUUCCUUGAUGAUGUUUGGACAACUGUGAAAUUUGUUACAGAUCGUUUGAAAAAACAAGAUACAGAUGGAGAUGGUCUAGUCGAUAACGGCGGAUUUGCAGAUCAAACCUAUGAUGCAUGGACAGUAGUUGGAGCAAGCGCAUAUUGUGGUGGUUUACAUAUAGCAGCGCUUCGAGCGUGUAUUGAAAUGGCUCGAAUCAUGAAUGAUACCAGUGCUGCAGAAGAAUACGAAGUGUGGUUGAAUUUAGCAAAGAAAUCUUAUUCAGAGAAACUAUGGAAUGGUAAAUAUUACAACUAUGAUUCUAGUGUAUCCCUUCAUCACGACAGUAUCAUGUCUGAUCAGUUAGCUGGAUUUUGGUAUCUACGUCUAUCUGGUCAUAAAUAUGAAGAUUUCGAAAAAGAGCGAGUAGAUAGUAUUUUGCGUACAAUUUUCAAAUCGAAUGUAAUGGAAUUCGGCAACGGAAAAUUAGGUGCUGUCAAUGGCAUGACAAAGUCAGGUCAAUUGGAAAUUGUUAGUAUGCAAUCGGAAGAAAUUUGGACUGGCGUCACAUACGGCUUAUCGUCAACAAUGAUCAUGGAGAAUUUUCAAAAAGAAGCUUUUCUUACUUCGGAAGGCAUUUAUAAUACUUGUUUCAAUGUUGCUGGUUUAGCAUUUCAAACACCGGAAGCUCUCAUGAGGGAUUGCCACUUUCGAUCGUGUGGGUAUAUGCGUGCACUGAGUAUUUGGGCAAUUCAAAAAGCUCUCGAGUUAUCUCGAUUAGAAUCGACUAGCACAACUACUGUCAGUAAAGCCAAUCAAGAAUAA